GUAGCAACUUAAGUUAUAUUAAUCUUGUCAACAUUUUUCCCCCUUGUUCAAAGCAGCUUCACCAGGUUUGUCAGACAUAUUCAUUAUGUCAUAAAUGUUUCAAUACUUCAUCAGCCGAUGAUGGCUCAUUUGUACAUCUCACAAAUGUUGAAACUUCAGGGGGAAGGAAAGAAGAAGCUGCCUCAUUCAAAAUUUAUGCUGGAAGGGUGGUGUAUGUCUUGUGAUAUCUUUUGUUUGUGGGGCUGACAUGAGGUGUAAUUCUGAUCUCCCAAAAAUUCCAUUUUAUCUGCACUGAAUUGAGUCAGAUUGUUUAUGAGUGCAUGUCAGUGUAUGACCAUGGAGCUCUUCAGGCACAAAAGGCUUGUUAAUUAAAAUAGUAUUUUUCAAUCAUAUAAAGCAUGCACUGACUGUUCACAUUUAGUCAAUAGUUCUGUUAAAGUUAUGUAGAAUUAUUUCAGUUUAUCCUAGCCAACAAUAUGGCCAAAUGAAAUGAUGCUUAUGUAGAAGUGGCUGAUGAUCAAGAUUGUCCCUUUUAAUCUAAAUGAUGGGCAGGAUACUUGAAAUUCAGUGCUUUAGGUCUUGGUGUGACCAUGGCUUUUACUUUCCAGACUAUUUGAGCUGAGGUGAGCUCCUGUGAUUACUCUUGUCAUUACUCUAGCACAUUUCCUAUUCAUUUCAGUGGGAAUUUUGCCAAAGGUAGCCAUCAACAGUUGCAAAAAAAGGCUGUCUUGUUAGUAAGGUUUUUCAAUAGUGGGUAAGCAUAAGCAGUUUGACAUUUCAAAAUUGUAGCAUUUGCUGAAGGGAACUAAAAUAUAACAUACUCCAAAUCAACUAUGUAGAGAAAGGUAAUGAAACUGGUACUUUAACUAUGAGAAAGAUCUUCCCAGUGAAUUAAAAAACUUACCAGAGUUAAACUGCCUUUAGCUGAAUUUGAAAAAUGAGCAGUGCACCCUAUCCAAACGGAUAACUAAUUAAUCCUCGUUUAUAAGAAUAUAUACCUUUACAGUUAAUCCAUUAGUUAUGGGCACAUAUUCUUAUGAGAAUAAAUUUUAAUGACCUAUUGUCAGUCAAGGUAUAUGGCAUGCCAUAGGGCUUUCCUAGCAGUACUUUGGAUGUUGCAUGAAUUCUUGCUAGUUCUACCCCUUUUGUUUUAGCAGAAGUAUUUAAAAAAAAAAAUACUUUGAAUAAAAAAUUUGAACGGGCAGAAAGGCAAAUUUUGACUUUGGGAGCUUUGGAGCUUUAGAUACAGGGCAAAAAUGACAGAGCUGUAAUGUAAUGGCAUAUAUUGGGAAAACACUCAUGGUGUACAUUUGAGAUUUUUCACAGGGGUUAAUAUGCAGAAUACCUUGCUCUCUUCAAUACUCUUCAGGCCCCAUUCUUGCAGGAUUUCAUUUAUGCUUAAGGUAUGUUGCAGUAGCACACAAAGGAAGGAAGGUGUGAAGGAAACCACCUAUCACCACCUAUGACUUUAAGCUGUAUACAGUCUAGGUCUCAGGUGGACCGUACUGAAUUCCCUUGCAAAGAUGGAGGCACAGUGUUCUCUGACCCAGCACCCCACAGACACUCCAGAAAAAUCCAGAGAUGUCACAGGGUAGAAUUUGGUUUCAGACUUUGGCACCUAAAUGUAGGUGUGUAUGUGUAAUCUUGCUCUAUUGUUCUGCCAUUGUAGUUCAAUGAGUUGUAAGUAGUGAAGUCUCAAGGAACUAUUCAGUUCUCCAACAAAUGGACACUUGACAUGUUAGCAGUUGAGUCUGGAGCUCUGUUGUAAUCAUGAUGGUGUUAAUGUUCAUCUAUCUACAGUGCAGGUGUUUGAUGUCAGUUCAAGUCUGUGAAAUAUCCUGCCUCUUUGAUUGCAGACUGUAUACACAGCCUUAAUCUGUCAUAAGUAUAUGCUAAACUUACUAGCUUAAGCAUCUCUCUUCAGGUUUUAAACAAAUACAUGUUACUUCACACUCGCUCUAGACUCACAGCUCAUCUUUGAUCAGUUACCACAGCCCUGGUGUUGCACAGCAUCCAAUGAAAAUACAGCAGCUUGAUUGAGGUGUUGAAGAUAUCUCAAUCAAACAGCAUGCUGUUGAAAACUGCAAGUUUGUUCCCUGGAAUCCAUAGCCUGUUGUAUGGUCAAUCAGGUGUACAAUGAAAUGCCUUUUUCAGAUGUGGGUUUCUAGGAUCAGAGAAUCUGAUUCAUGGCUUGAGCACUUUUAGAAUGCAAAUGUAACACUCCUGUGGUUUACAGGAGUAUAUGCACUUUAUGUGCUAAUUACAUAAUGGACACCAUGGCUUAAGUGAUACAGCAUUUGAACUAUGAAAACUGGGAAGUUGUUAUUGCUCUUCUGAAAGCCAUAGCAAGAUUUCUCUUGCUGCCCAAAUUGCUUUAUAACAGUUAGAUCUGUGUACAAUAUUGGGCUCAGUCUGUCGACUAACAGAUCUGGGGAUGGCCAGGAGCCAAAACAAUCUGGAACAUAACUCUUGUCACUUCUCCUUAGCCAGCAGAUUUGGUGGGUCAGGGGUGGCUGAGGACUUCUCAGAGGAUUUGAAGUAGGGCUCCACACGCUGGCGUCAGUCCAGCGGAAUAUUAUCAUCAGAUGGCUCUGUUGGCAGGCCAGCGCAGCCCGUAUGCAGACAUCAUUCCUUCAGCUGCCACUGCAGGAGCCGGGGCUCUUCAUAUGGAAUAUCUUCAUGCCAUGGAUAGUGCCAGGUUUCCGAGUCCGAGGUUGUCAGCUAGACCAAGCCGAAAGCGCACAUUGUCCAUAUCCCCCCUGUCUGAUCAUAGCUUUGACCUUCAGACCAUGAUAAGGACAUCUCCAAAUUCCUUGGUCACAAUUCUCAAUAAUUCUCGUAGCAGUUCGUCAGCCAGUGGUUCUUAUGGCCACUUAUCUGCAAGUGCAAUAAGCCCUGCUCUGAGUUUCACAUACCCUCCUACACCAGUAUCCCUCCAGCAAAUGCAUCAGCAAAUUAUAAGUCGUCAGCAAACCCUAGGUUCAGCCUUUGGACACAGCCCUCCACUCAUCCAUCCUGCUCCAACUUUUCCUACCCAGAGACCUAUCCCCGGCAUCCCCAGUGUCCUGAACCCUGUCCAGGUCAGCUCUGGGCCUUCUGAGUCCACACAGCAGAAUAAACCCACAAGUGAAUCUGCAGUGAGCAGCACAGGAGACCCCAUGCACAACAAACGCUCCAAGAUAAAGCCUGACGAGGACCUCCCCAGCCCGGGAGCAGGAAGCAUGCAGGAACAGCCAGAAGGAAUGACCUUGGUAAAAGAGGAAGGGGACAAAGAUGAAAGCAAACAGGAGCCUGAAGUGGUCUAUGAGACAAACUGCCACUGGGAAGGCUGUUCCCGGGAGUUUGACACGCAGGAACAGCUAGUGCAUCAUAUCAACAAUGACCACAUACAUGGUGAGAAGAAAGAGUUUGUGUGCCGAUGGCUGGACUGUUCCCGAGAGCAGAAACCUUUCAAAGCCCAAUAUAUGCUGGUGGUCCACAUGAGGAGACAUACAGGGGAGAAGCCACACAAAUGCACUUUUGAAGGUUGUACAAAGGCCUACUCCAGACUAGAAAACUUGAAAACGCACUUGAGAUCUCACACUGGAGAGAAACCAUAUGUGUGUGAACAUGAAGGCUGCAACAAAGCUUUCUCCAAUGCUUCUGACAGGGCCAAGCACCAAAACAGGACUCAUUCCAAUGAAAAACCAUAUGUUUGCAAGAUACCGGGCUGCACGAAGCGCUACACCGACCCCAGCUCUCUCCGGAAGCACGUGAAGACCGUGCACGGCCCGGAGGCACACGUCACCAAGAAGCAGCGGGGAGACAUCCACCCACGGCCUCCGCCACCAAGGGACCCGGGCAGCCACUCCCAGACUCGGUCACCAGGCCAUCAGACUCAGGGUGCAAUUGGUGAGCAGAAGGACCUCAGCAACACUACCUCAAAGCGUGAAGAAUGCCUCCAAGUGAAAGCGGUCAAGUCGGAAAAACCAAUGACAUCUCAGCCAAGCCCUGGUGGUCAGUCUACAUGCAGCAGCGAACAGUCCCCCAUCAGCAACUAUUCCAACAAUGGGAUCGAGCUUACUCUGACCGGUGGUGGUAGUGUAGGAGACCUCAGUGUCAUCGACGAAACCCCAAUCAUGGACUCUACCAUUUCCACAGCCACCACAGCACUUGGCUUACAGGCCAGGAGGAAUAUGACAGGGACCAAAUGGAUGGAGCAAGUGAAAUUAGAAAGGUUGAAACAAGUUAAUGGAAUGCUUCCAAGACUGAACCCCGUUCCACCUUCCAAAGCCCCGACCUUGCCGCCUCUCAUAGGAAACGGUACCCAGUCGAACAGCAGCUGCAGUGUCGGAGGAUCCAUGACUAUUCUGCCAAACAGGAAUGAACUCUCGAGUACGGACAUCACUGUGUUGAACAUGCUGAACAGGAGGGACAGCAAUACUAGCACAAUCAGUUCAGCCUACCUGAGCAGCCGCAGGUCCUCUGGAAUCUCACCUUGCUUCUCCAGCCGGAGGUCCAGCGAUGCCUCCCAGGCUGAGGGCAGGCCACAGAACGUGAGCGUUGCAGACUCCUACGACCCCAUCUCGACGGAUGCCUCCCGGCGCUCCAGUGAAGCAAGCCAGUGUGAUGACCUGCCAAGUCUUCUCAGCCUCACCCCGGCUCAGCAAUACAGGCUGAAAGCUAAAUAUGCAGCAGCUACUGGUGGACCCCCACCAACUCCACUGCCUAACAUGGAGAGGAUGAGCCUCAAGACAAGGAUGGCACUCUUGGGUGACUGCAGGGAGUCUGGAGUAUCUCCACUGCCUCCAGUGAAUGUCCCUCGAAGAUGUAGUGAUGGUGGGGCAAAUGGUUACAGCAGGAGGCAUUUUCUGUCUCACGAAGCUUUAGGAAAUGGGACAAGGAGAGCCAGUGAUCCAGUCAGAAUGGCCUCCGACAACCUCUCUGUCCCGAGAGUCCAGCGUUUCAACAGUCUUAAUAGCUUUAACCCUCCUGCUUUGCCUCCAUCCAUGGAAAAGCGCAACCUCGUUCUUCAGAACUACACCCGUUCUGAGGGUGGCGCCUUCCGCGGCUUCAGCUCCCCCUGUCCUCCAAGCAUCAGUGAGAACGUCGCCCUGGAGGCUGCUACCAUGGAAGCAGGUAGCAGUCUGAAUGAUGAGGAUCUCCUGCCAGAUGACGUGGUCCAGUAUCUGAAUUCCCAGAACCAGGGCAUGUACGACCAUUUGUUGAACAAUGUCCUAGACAGCAACAAAAUGCAUCACAGCUCAGUUUCAGGAAACAGCAACCCCAGCAACUUUGACCAAGCCCCUCCACCGAGCAGUCAGCAGGCGGGUCCCGAGGCAAAUAAGAGUGACUUGCCCAUUCAGUGGAAUGAAGUAAGCUCAGGGAGUUCUGACUUAUCUCCUUCAAAGCUGAAAUGUGGUCAGCGGUCAGCAGUGCAGCAGGCUCGGACCUUCAGACUGUACAACAAUAUGAUGGUUCAGCAGCAGAACCUGGAGAGAAGCAGCAUGGCCCAGCAGAAUGGCUAUCAGAACCUGGUGGAGAGCAACACUUCCUACAGUUUACAGCAAAACAUGACUCUUGGCAGCGGAGAUGGGAAUUCUUUCAGCAUGCAGUCCAACAAGCCUUACAGUGAAAGCAUGGGCAGGCAAGCAAUGAUGGCUGGGGUGACGGACAAUUCCUGUGGUAUGGCAGUGCAAGGGCAGAAGCUGAGAAUCAGCAACAUGCCAGUGAAUGGGAACCAACAAAAUUUCAGCCACCCCCUGGCAUCCAGCGAUCAAACCAUCAGUAUGGCAAAUGGGAUGCAGGACAGGAAUAUGAUGGAACAAGAAUAUUUGCAAAGCCAGCCAGUCGGAGAUGGUGUUCAUUACCAGGGAGUCAAUCAAUCUGGUCAAAUGAUGCUAGGGCAGGUUAGUCCUACCUCACAAGGCAGCCUGUAUCAAGGGCCACAGAGUUGUCCACUGGUGUCUAACACCAUUAGUAGCCAGCCUUCAGGUUUGUCAGUGGCCAGAAGUUACCAGUCAUGUUCUAAUUACAGCAGCAGCAGACGGCAAAAUGUCUUGAGAAACAACCUGUCCCAACAGCAAAGACACACAGGUGAUGGCAACCAGAUGUACAGGGUAAACACCAUUAAGAUGGAAAUGCAAGGUCAAUCACAGCAGUUCUGCUCUAACAUGCAGAAUUACUCCGGUCAGUUGUAUGACCAAACCAUGGGCUUUAGCCACCAAGCUAUGAAAACAGGUUCUUUCUUUGGUUCAGAAGCCAGCUGCCUGCUGCAGGGGACUGCAACUGAAAACUCAUCUGAGCUUCUUUCCCCGGGGGCUAACCAAGUGUCAAGCACAGUCGACAGCAUCGACAACAGUCUAGAGAGUGUGCAGAUAGAUUUUGAUGCUAUCAUAGAUGAUGGGGACCAUGUCAGCUUAAUUUCGGGAGCCCUGAGCCCAAGUAUCAUUCAAAAUGUCUCCCGCAAUUCCUCACGCCUCACCACUCCCCGAACAUCUCUUACAUUCCCAGCUAUGCCUGUAAGCACAACCAACAUGGCUAUUGGGGACAUGAGCUCUUUGUUGACCUCACUUGCAGAAGAAAGCAAGUUUCUUGCUGUUAUGCAAUAGACAUAAAAAA